GCCACCAACCACCUCCCCAAAACCCCAGGAAAUAAACAUUAAAGCCAACCGGGUUUUAUCAGCCUCCGCCAUGAUUGACGAUCAACAACAACUCGAUCGAAGACCACACCAUUCGAUCCCUACCUUGGAUUUAGAUCGCUUGGAAAUUGUUACGGCUCUAGGACGAGGAGCGAAAGGAGUAGUGUUCCUUGCCAGAGAUAAAGUGAAGGAUGAGGUUUUAGCUUUGAAAGUAAUAUGUCGAGAUUCGAUCGAGAAGAAGAAUCAUAAAGCAGUCAAGACUAGUCAUGGGAAUGAAGGAAACGAGUAUAGAAGAGUUAGUUUUGAACAGGAAGUUUUGAGGAAUCUUAACCACCCGCUUUUACCUCGGUUGCGAGGAGUUUUGGCUACUGAUAAAGUCGUCGGUUACGCCAUUGAUUAUUGUCCCGGUCGUGAUCUUAAUUCUUUGAGAAAGAAGCAGACUGAGAAAAUGUUCUCCGAUGAUAUUAUAAGGUUUUAUGCAGCGGAAAUGGUUCUGGCUUUGGAGUAUCUUCAUAAUUUAGGCAUUGUUUAUCGAGAUUUGAAGCCUGAAAAUAUUAUGAUCCAAGAAAAUGGCCAUCUCAUGCUUGUAGAUUUCGAUCUUUCCACGAAACUUUCUCCUAUGUCGCCUGAAAAAUCGAUUCCUCCCAACUCGGUCAAUCAAACGCCGCCGGACUCAGUCAAGAAAAAGCGAUUCUUCCCUUUUGUUAGGUGCUGUAACUCCGGAAUCUCUCCGGACGACACGGCAUCUCAAGAAAGUGUCAACUCGGAGCGUACUACUGAGUCAGAAUCAGUAGAGAAAUCAAACUCGUUCGUUGGAACAGAAGAGUACGUCGCGCCAGAAAUCAUAUCAGGCAACGGUCACGAUUUCGCCGUGGAUUGGUGGUCUCUAGGGAUCCUCCUCCACGAAAUGCUGUACGGGACGACGCCGUUCAGGGGACCGAACCGAAAAGAGACCUUUUACAGGAUCUUAACGAAACCGCCCGACCUCGUGGGCGAACCGACGUCGUUGAGGAACUUAAUAAGAAAAUUAUUGCAAAAAGAUCCAAAGCAACGGAUCACAUUAGAAGGAAUCAAAGGGCACGAUUAUUUUAAGGGGAUUGAUUGGGAUCUGAUACUGCAAAUGGAUCGGCCGCCAUAUAUUCCCGCACAAUCAGAGGCUGAGAUUUCAGUGGUGAACAAGGAAGGAAUUAAAGGAUUUGAUGAUGUCGAGUCAUUUGUCCAAGAAAUAUUCGCCAAUGGCGAAGAUGGUGGGAAGAAUAAAGGUAGCAAUGAUGAGAAUCCUAAUACUAACGAUUCACAUAAUUUAAACAAUAAUCCCUUUUCUGUAUUCUAACUUCACACAUCAUUCAUCAUUAUUUUGUUUUUUUAUACUACACAAUAUGAAUUCAACAUAUAAUUCUCGUACGUUGGGUUCAUAACUUUCAGUUAAAAUCAGUCUCAGAUUUCUUUCUUUUUUA